AUGGGAGCUGCUGUGAAUUCAUCAGAAGAACAUUCAUGGUGGGGGACCAUGAUGGAUGAUUUAGGCCUAAAUUAUGACAACUAUUCUUUUGAUGAAUACUACGGAUAUGAAGAAGGUGAUAUCUGUGACCCGGAAGAGGGUGUAAAGCUUGGAGAGGAGUUCAUUCCAAUUCUGUACUCAGUGACAUUUAUCGUGGGAAUCCUGGGAAAUGGAUUGCUGUUGGGAGUACUGAUAAAGAGGAGAAAGAUCUGGAGCGUAACAGACACCUUCAUCCUUCACCUAGCCGUGGCAGACAUCCUGCUGUUGGUGACACUGCCCUUCUGGGUGGCACAGUCUGCUAGUGGAUGGUUGUUUGGGACACUCCUCUGCAAGAUCACUGGAAGUGUUUUCACGAUUAAUUUCUAUUGUGGGAUUUUUCUCCUGGCCUUCAUCUGUAUGGAUUGGUACCUCUUCAUCGUCCAUUCGACCAAGAUGUUCAUGCCGAAGAAGCCCUGGGUGGUUCAUGCCUGCUGUGUGGUGGUUUGGAUCUUUUCCCUGCUCUUCUCCAUCCCUGACUGGGUCUUUUUAGAAGAUGCACGAAAUGAAAGACGAGAAAAUAAAUUUGAGUGCAUUCGCAAUUUUUACAUAUUUGACUUGGAUGCCCAAACCCAUAAAAUGGUAGCUCGAGGGCUGUUCCACACAUUUGGAUUUGUGCUUCCUUCAGUUGUCCUGAUCUUCUGCUAUUCCUCCAUUCUGUGUAAACUGUGGUGUUUCCCCAAAGGCCUCCAAAAACAGAGAGCUUUCAAAACCAUAACAGCUGUUGUGGCAGUUUUCUUUCUCUGCUGGACACCAUUUAACAUCACACUCAUGGUGGACACAUUUAAACCAAUCACCAGUGCUGGACCAGGUUGCGCAAGAACAGCUCUGGACAUAGUUUUAACUGUAACAUUUGCUUUGGGUGUCUUCCACUGUUGCCUAAAUCCCAUUCUGUUUAUUCUUGUAGAUGUUAAGUUUCGGUGUCAGGUGCUGAACAUGUGGAAGAAGACAUCAGAGAGUGCAGUUUUCUAA